AUGAAGCUCAACACCUACGAAAUCUGCACCAUCAUCUUGGCUGCCCUCACGUUUCCAACAUUCGUAACUUCUGCACCCCCAACAAACCCAAACUCGCCAAAAGUCAAACACGACUGGGCCAUCAAGCUCUAUGAAAACCAACAAUGCACCGGAAAGUCGGCCGAAUUCGCCGGGAUGGGUUCCUCGGGAUGUCGUCGCAAUAUUCCGAACGGGGGCACGAAGGGCUUCUUCAAAGGUCACAUUGAUUCGACUAGCUCUGUGAAUCUGUAUGGAGAUGACCACUGCGGGCACGGUUACAAAGUGGACGCAAUCCACUCAAACAUCGAUGAUAAAUGCAAGAAGAUCCGGGGGAAGAAGAAGCAUAUUAAGAGUUUUGAUAUUACAUGUUCGUGA